AUGGAGGUGCCAGAUGCCUCUGCGGCAGAAUACAACCGGCAUCCGGUGUUCAUGCUGCUUUCGGCGUUCUUCUGGAUGAUAUUAUAUCUUCUCUCAUGGGCAAAAGCACUUGUAGCGUUUGCAACGAUCACUCUUCCGACAUGGAUCUAUGCUGCAUUAUCCUAUUCAAUGACACUUACGCUCAAUUUCUGGUCUUUUGCUAUCAUUUUCGGACUUUUUGCCGUUGCUGUUAAUUAUUGGAUCAAGUUCCGCUACCUGAAUGUCUACACCAAACUUAAAGAGCCACCGCUGCCAAAGGCAGAUGCCCAGGAGUUAAAUCCCGACGUCAAUACCCCGGAGCAAAUGCCUGCUCUCCAUAACUAUCUGGAUGAAUUCCUCCAAGCAAUCAGGGUGUUUGGAUUCCUCGAGAAGCCCGUGUUCCACGAGCUGGCAAGACAUUUACAAACAAGAAGGCUCAUCGCUGGUGAUACUCUGUCGCUGGAUGAAGACAAAAGUUUCUACUGUGUUAUUGAAGGCACGGUCCAAGUAUAUGCCCAGACAGGGCAGCCUACGCGGGAGAACGAGAGUGGCGCAUUGGACGACGAUGAUAUGAACGGUUAUCAACUACUGAACCAAGUCGGAACAGGAGGGAUGUUAUCCAGUCUUUUUACAAUCCUUAGCCUCUUCACGGAGAACGUCAAGCUUAGUUGGCAGGAUGGCGACAGAUCUAGUGAUAUUGACUCAGUCCAGAUACCUUCUUCUAUGCAAACCCCAUUGCGAACUCGCACACGGCGUUCAGACUCAGACGUCUCGUCUCUUGAUCUACCAUCGGCAAGGUCUACUGGGCGUCGACCUUCUGUCUCUUCUUCUGGAUCCACUGUUCACCAAGAGGAUGUGACUUCUCCUAGGGGCCGAUCUUUCUCACGCGACAGGCCUUUUCCGAGGAGCUUCUCAUCUGGGAUUGCGUCUCUCAGCCAGCCUAACGCUAGUAUAUCCACGGAACCAGAACACCACUACAGCGUCGUCGCUAGGGCUACUGAAGAUAGCAGUCUUGCCGUGAUUCCCGCCGAAGCAUUCCGCAGACUCACAAAAAAAUUCCCAAAGGCGACUGCGCACAUCGUUCAAGUGAUUCUAACUCGGUUUUCUCGAGUAACUUUCAACGCUGCUCACAACUAUCUCGGCUUGACCACGGAAGUCCUCCGCACAGAGAAGGCAAUCAAUGAUAUUGCCUGUCAUCCGUUACCACCGGCUUUCUACGAGAGCGGGCUGAAGCAUCUUCGGCAACGAUUUGAUGGCGUUGGGCUUGCCAGCGACUCCGACACUGACAGUGACUAUUUUAGCGUGAAUACGUCGACACAGAACCCACAGAAAACCACGUUCUUGGGAAGUCGAUCGAAGGGGAAGCUUACAGAUAGCCCGAAAGCCAUGUACGCAUCUCCCGCCACGCCGUUCAAAGGGCAGACACCUCGUCAGACAGUGCAGGCCGGUGAUCUACACACCUCCACAGCCCAUACCGGAAAUAUUGCAAGGCCUGUCGUUCGAUCUGUCAGCACUGUUUACGGGACACGGCCAGCUGCACAGCGACAAGAUUCCUCGCCAGCUAAGGUGCCCGAAGACCUCCGCGGCGCGAGACGAAUACCCUCUGAUGACUUCGAUCUUCGCGAGGAGGUCAUGUCGUGUAUUGCUAAGUCGAUCGGUCUGAUACAGCCGCCAAUCAGUGGAGACGAGUCUGUAGAAGCAUCUCCAGGUAUCCCUCCCAGUGAAUCGCGCCCUGACCUGUUCAGGUCCUCUUUCGGUUCUCUAUCAUUGCUGGAGAUGGGCGACGAUGGCGCGUCAAGCGUAACUGCCUCGUCUGUCGCCAACGACGGUUAUAUGAGUGGUUUGGAUAACGAGGUUGAAAUCCUCUUCUUCCCUGCUGGCUCUAUUCUCGCAAGAGCGGGCGAGAGGAAUACAGGCCUCUUCUAUGUCAUCGAUGGUUUCCUCGACAUCUUACUUCCUUCCGAGGGGAAGGCUGAGGAGACAAGACCGAAACCUCCCCCACUCAAUGAUGCCGAUGAAUCACCAUUUGCAGAACACACGCAAAAACCACUGUUUACCGUCCGACCAGGUGGCAUCGCCGGCUACUUAUCCUCUCUCUGUCAGAUCGCCUCUUAUGUCGAUAUUGUGGCCAAGACGGAUACCUAUGUCGGAUUCCUCCCAUCCCCGGCGCUCGACCGUCUCUUAGAGAAGCGACCGAUUGUAUUGCUUACGCUUGCCAAACGAUUGAUAUCAUUGCUAUCACCUAUCGUCUUACACAUUGACGGAUCCUUGGACUGGGUACAAGUCAAUGCGGGUCAAGUGCUCUGGCGUCCGGACGAUGCCAGUGACAGCUUCUACAUAGUCAUCAACGGACGUCUGCGGGCUAUCAUGGACAAAGUGGACGGUGGCAUCAGUAUUGUUGGCGAAUACGGCCAGGGCGACACUGUGGGAGAGCUUGAGGUCAUAACUGGAUCGCCCCGUAGAAAUACUUUGCACGCUAUCCGUGACACUGAGCUGAUCAGGAUGCCUCGAACUUUGUUCAACGCUAUCUCUUCCCGGAAUCCGAGAACAACUGCUCAAAUUCUGCAGAUGAUUGCAUCCCGGGUCAGGACGGAGAUCGACUCAUCUACAAGAAAACUCCCAACGGAGCUAUCUCGCAGCAACACGAACUUGAAAACAGUCGCGGUGCUGCCGGUAUCGCGGAAUGUUCCCAUAGAUGCAUUUGCACGCAAGCUACAUUCGGCGCUCGAGGGCAUAGGUGCUCCAACCUCUUUUCUCAAUCAAGCGUCCAUUUCAAACCAUCUGGGUCGGCAUGCAUUCACUCGUAUGGGAAAGCUCAAGGCGGCUGGUUGGUUGGCGGAACAGGAGCAGAAGUACAGAAUUGUGCUAUACGUGGCGGACUCGGCGGUAAGCAGCUCCUGGACACAGACAUGCAUUCGACAGGCAGAUUGUGUCAUGGUUGUCGGCAUGGGAGACGAUCCGACAAUUGGGGAGUACGAACGACUCCUGCUUUCUUUGAAGACCACAGCCCGGAAGGAGCUUGUUCUCUUACAUCCCGAUCGCUCCGUAGUACCCGGGUCUACGCGCGAAUGGCUCAAAAACCGUCCAUGGGUGCAUCGUCACAUUCACGUCGAACUUCCUGGGUUAGUGGCCGCGGUGCCACGAGCAGUCGCUGUACCACAAGAUCCGGCAGCCGUGACGGCCUUGAGGAAUCUCAAGGACAGAGUCCAGAGCGAGAUUAGGAAGUAUCGUGGCGGUGCCACCGAGCCUCGCCCACAACGUGAUCCACAUUCUAGUGAUUUCGCACGGCUAGCCCGGAAGAUCUGUGGCAAGUCUAUCGGGAUUGUACUUGGAGGAGGUGGCGCUCGAGGAAUAUCACAUCUUGGUGUUUUGCAGGCUCUGGAAGACUAUGGGAUUCCGAUCGACAUCAUAGGCGGAACAAGCAUGGGUGCAUUUGUCGGAGGUCUGUACGCCCGAGAGGGUGAUGUAAUCUCAAGUGCCGGCCGUACCAAGCAAUUCAGCGGCCGGAUGGGCAACAUUUGGAGAAUGUUGUCUGAUGUGACGUACCCGAUCGUGGCUUACACUACAGGACACGAAUUUAAUCGCUCGAUAUACAAGGCCUUCUAUGACCUUCAUAUCGAGGACAUGUGGCUCCCAUACUUUUGUAAUACGACAAAUAUCAAUACGUCUCGGAUGGAGAUCCACGAGACAGGCUUCGCUUGGAGGUUCAUUCGUGGAUCGAUGACUCUUGUUGGAUUGCUUCCACCGCUUUGCGACAACGGUAACAUGCUUGUGGACGGCGGUUAUAUUGACAAUCUACCAGUCUCUACUAUGAUGGCCAUGGGAGCUAGUGCCGUCAUUGCAUCCGACGUCGGCUCCAUUGACGAUAACUCGCCUCGGAAUUUUGGAGACUCGGUCUCAGGAUGGUGGCUCCUAAUCAAUCGCUGGAAUCCCUUCUCCAAUGCCAGGAGUAUUCCAGCUAUUACAGAACUGCAAAGCCGGCUUGCCUAUGUUUCGAGCGUGAAGACUCUGGAGGAGGCCAAAGUUGCUCCUGGUACUCUGUACAUGGGAAUGCCUGUUCAAGAGUUCGGCACCUUGCAAUUUGGCAAAUUCGAGGAAAUCCAGAAGAAAGGAUACGAGGCGGCAAGAAACUUUCUGGAGAAGUGGGACGAGGAAGGCAGACUUCCCUCGGCGUACGUUGGGGAUAUCAAAGCCUCUGCAGCGGGCAAGACGAGGGGGAAGAGUGCCCGCCGGAACUCUAUAUAA